CCAUCUUUGGUCUUCGCUCUUUCGAGGCCAGCCCCCUCACCCGACCUCACCCAGGCACAAUUGAAGUUUCAGUCAAUGCAAGAAUCCCGUGAGACAGUAUAUACGCUCGUGGUUGUUUACAUCAGUGGCAUGGCUCACUUUGACGAGAAAUCCGGCAUCGUUGUUGCCCCUACGGAAUGGGGACAAUGGUACCAGACCCAAUCGGAAGUCAUGAUUGAGGUGAAUCUUGAACCCGACACCAAAGGCAAAGAGGUUCAAGUGAUCUUGAAACCCAAGCAAUUAAAAUGCACCGUCCGUGGUCAGGUUAUUUUUGAAGGAGUACCUUUUGACGUGAUCUCUGAAAGCGACUCGAUAUGGACAAUUGAAGAUCGCAAGCUCUUAAGGAUCCAAUUGAUUAAAUGCCAAGUUAAGACAGAUCAUUGUUGGACGUCAUUAUUGAAAGAUCAAUACCAGCCUCGACCUGACAUCGUGCAUGAGAUGCGGAAAAAAUUAGAUUUGGAACAAUUUCAGAUUGAGAAUCCUGGGAUGGAUUUUAGUGGAGCCAAGCUGUCCAAGAAUUACGACAAGAAAUAUUUGGACAAAACGGAGAGGGAAUUGGGACCUGUGUCUCAAGACUAGAUUAACUUCGUGUCGAUUGGUUUGUUAGAUCUCAUUGUGUGACCCAUUUAACGUGACUGAAAUAUUUCUUAAUGAAAAAUGACCUCAAGACGUACCCCUGCUGCGUUAUUAGUAACAGACUCACAUAACUCACACAAUUCAUGGAACUUCGCCAGGCGCAGGUGUAGUAGGCAUAAAAAUGACAAAUAUUGAACGACUCUCCUUCAA